AUGUCAACCGCGGCCGAAGUCGAGGCUCUCUCCUACUCGCCGUCGAGCAUGUCGUCAAACUGGAAUUCCUCUCGAGGAGCUUCAGUUGGUCAACAAUCGGGAUUGGCCAUGGGAGCGCUUCAAGCUCCCUCGUCCUCAUCGUCCUCGACGUUGCGUCGCCCGUUGGCCACGACAAACUCGAACACGAUAGUCCAGAACGCUGUUUCUUCCAAUUUAUUGCAUUCACAGAGCUCUUUGAAGCCUCUCGAGCUUGCUUCGAGCAUGCUCGGCGAUCAGAACAGUGUUGCCGCUGCGCAUGCGCACGACGUCCGCAAGCAAAGCUUGGGGUCUCUGGCUACUCGUCCUUCGAGCAAAAUGCUUGGUCCUCUUAACGGCGCGGCCGUUGGUGCUAUUGGUGAUGGGAGAAGGCUCAGUAGCCCUCAGACUGUGCACGACAGUAGCCUUGGAAUGUCUGAGAUUGCCCAAGCUGCCUCGGUUCUUCGCACCCUUGCUCUCACACCUCCGACUAGCAUGUCGAGCACGUUUGACGCAACAAAGAACCAUCACGAUAACGACUCUUACUUUCGGCAUUCACCCAUCUAUCCUUUCUCUCACUCACCUUCGCACAUCACUCCCUUGUCUCAGCCACUCGUUACAUCUCCAGCAAAUGAAUCCGGCGGGUUGUCCGCUUCCUCUUAUCACCAGCUCGACCUUUCUUUGAAUGCAAACCCUUAUGAUUCCCUCGCUUUUGAUUCUCGUCGUCCAUCUCUCGCUAGUCUUCAGAACGCUCUUUUUGGACACUCUCUUGCAGACAUCUCGCAAGGAGUCUCUCUCCCUGCUUCAUCUCCAACUCUUUCCUCUCCGACUACCUUGGGUCUUGGCGAUCAUGCGGCACAAGGCAUGCACAAGGUACAGCACGCACCGCUCUUUAAUCCAUCCAAAUCACAUCAAGGUGCUCCGUAUCAUCAGUCUCCGAGCCGACCAUCUCUUGCUAGCUCUGCAUCGUCGUCCUGGAGCCUACCUCAAGCCCAUGCGACGGGAUCCCACUCUCAUCCGUCACUCGCGCUCUCCUCCACUAACGAUAUCUCGAGGAAGAUUGGCGUUGGUCCCGACGAUUGGGUAUCCUCUGCGCCAGUCAACGUAGACGCAAGAUAUCCCGCGGACGGCAAUUCGAUUUAUCAUCCACUAGCAAAUACUUCACACUCCACUUGGAUUCACGACUCUUCAUACUGGUCGACGGAUUCAAACCCUCUGCAAGGCUUAUUUACGACCGCUCAUUCGUCCAAUCAACCGGCAUCAAUCAUGUCUCUCCCUACACCAAUCACAUCCCCUCGAGACUCCGCGUCCUCUGCGUCGGAUGGAUUUGAUAAGUUGGACACCUUGCCCUCUUUCAUCCUGGGCACCGCAGGUCUCCCCUCCGAGGUCAACUUGGCACAGCAUCCGCUUCUUGAUUCUCCCGCAACCGCAACGUUUGGUGCACAAUCUUCAAUACCCUGGGAUCCGACAACUCAGGAUAGGAUCGCGCCUUCGCCAGCUUAUGUCCGCCCCAGGAUGGCUACCGUUCUCAACGCGUCGCCGAAUCAUUCCGACUCGGCUGGCAGUAGCUAUGCUCUUCCCCUUCGCUUACUCGACUCGCAACAUCAAGCUGUCCCGACGGAUGACGAUGAGGCUCUCAACUUCUUGCAGCUGUUGCAACCAAACUCCAAGCCUCCGUACCAUGUUUUGGUCCAUCGCAUUGUCAAGAGAUCUGACCAGCAAGCUUCCAUCUUCAUCCAGCAGAAACUCAAGAACGCUCAUCCUGACGAACGCGCCAGGAUUGUAUCUGCGAUUGCGGAACGAGGUCUCGAGAUGAUGCAAGGACGGUUUGGCAAUUGGUGCGUCCAGCGAUGCUUGGAGAGCCCCUGCACAAAGGAAGAACGUAUGAAGGUCCUUGCUUGCAUGAUUGGUCAUGUAGUUGAGCUCGCAACCAACUGUUAUGGGACGCACGUCGUCCAAAAGGCUUUGGAAUGCGAGGAAGAAUUUCGUCGUGUCAUCGUAACGGAGCUUCUCAACAACGAUCCUGCAUAUACACUCACCUCGAAGCACUGCAGUCAUGUCUGGGCCAAGGUUAUGGAGCUCAGUUGGGUCAACGGACCACCACCUCCCAUAUUCAGCAUUGUGAAUCGCUCAUUGCGCGGCAAAUGGGCAACCCUUGCUUGCCAUGAGACCGGUUCUCUUGUCGUUCAGACGAUGUUUGAAAACAUGGACGACGCAGGAGACACGCUCGUUAUCGUUGAUGAGAUUCUCAACAACCUUGAAGACGUCGUCAAGACUCAGUUUGGUGCUUUUGUUGUACAACAUAUUAUUGAGCAUGGCGACUCUAACUCAUCCCAGCGUACCACUCUUUCGCUCAUCAAUGGUCUUGCUGUCUAUGGGACGCAUGACAUUGCUGUCAAGUCUAUUCUCAAGCUGCUCAAGGAGAAGAAUCCAAUCACCGUCGACGCCAUCAUUUCCAAGAUGUGCGAACCCAACGUCAAUGGCACACGUCAAAAGCGUCCCAUCAUCGUCGACCUUGCACUUUCCACCAACGGCAGUCAAAUCAUUCAGGCGGUCUUACCAGAAGCAAACAAGGAACAACGUGCGCGUUUGUAUGAUGCUGUCAAAGGCCACACGGUCACACUACGAGGCUGCAAGACUGGCUCUCGCGUCAUUUGGCUCUUUGACAGAAUGCGGGCCUACUACGGCUAUUAA